GGUAAGUAAGAUGCCAGAGGUACGUUUUAUCGAGUUGCGCAUUUUAGCGGCCGAGUGCCGCUCGAGAACCGGCCGGCAAUGUGCUGCCAUCCUGUCGCGCGACAAUGACUGCGAGGAACGGUUUUCCCACGGCACUUUCGAGGUACAACAGCUGCACGACAAGCUCCGCAGCGGAACGGAAACGGAACUUGACAAGGCUGGUCAAGCAGAAACCCUCAAAAGGAUUGCCGAGCUCACGCUUUGUGACCUGCACAACAAAGAAGAGGAGAUCGCUGCCGCUGUGGAGCAGUGGGAAAGUGAGAUUCCGCCUCGAGACAGCCCUAGUACCGAGCCACCCCGGACACCGCAACCGAAGAAGAAGACCCACGAGACCGAGCAACUCCAAUUCUCGCCUUACAAGAGCCCAAACUCCAAGGCCAAAUCCCCCAAGUCGUACAGUUCAAAGGACGUUGAUUUGAGAGUGAGAAAAGUGCUGGCCGGCGACAUUGAAAACGAAGGAAGACUAAUUGGUAACUUGUACGUCUUCUCGUUCAAAGGUGCAAAGGGUCUAUACAAAAUCGGACGGACCAGGCGCACGACGCGAAUGGAGGAACACGAGAAGUGCUAUCCGGGGCUUGAGGUGCAUCGCUACAUCGUGUGCUCGAAUGCUGAGCUCUUUGAACGCGUGGUCCAGGCAGAGCUAGUCAGUCACCGACACAGCCACCCGUGCAAUAAGUGCGUCAACAAGAAGGGAAAUCCUGUCAUGCAUGGGGAAUGGUUCAAAGCUCCCAUGGAAGAUAUCUUGAACGUGGUCGACGUAUGGUCCAUGUACGCCGACAUGCUCUAUCGAUACGGCUUUACGAUUGAUGUGGGUCAUCAGAAGAUCCCACGUCCUGGCUUCUCUUCACAUCCUGACAGAUGGACCGACUGGGCCUGGGAUGAGAUUAGGAGAUGGAAAGCCGGGAGCCCUCCUGAGUUCGGUCCUGUGGAGAAAGCCGUAACAAACGAGCUCGGACAGACCGAGGAUGUUGACAGCUCCGAUACAGAUACAGAGACUGCAUCUGCUGCCUCAAGUCCUGCAAGUCUCCUGGAUACCCCAGCCACAACUCCAAGCACAACGCCGCUCGCGAUCCCGGGAGCGUAUAUCGAUGAACACGAUGGCUACACUCAAUCGCCGACUCCGGCUCAACGGUAUACCAAGGUAAAGCCUGCAAAAAUUGUCGACGAGAAUGAAGACGACGAGCAAGAUGAGAGUGAUGUAGUAUCCGAAAAACCACUUGCAAGAGCCUUGUUUCGUUCCUCGGAACAGGAUCAGCCUGAGUUGCCGCAAGAACAGUCGCAUUCCAACGACUCGCAGUGUUUCCCGUCGACCAAAGAGAACACCGCAGCGCACUCGGACACAGCCUCGGUCCUCGUCACUUCAUCAACGGAAGCUGCCUCGCGGGCCCUGAUCGAUAAGGGAGUGCGACUGGCUUUAGAGACUGCCAACCAAGCCCAAAGCGAGGGCACCAUAUAUCUCACACGUCGCCAUCCAAACACAGAAUCGUACAAGAUAUACCAUCGAAAGAAAGGAGCCCAAAGGGAAGGAGCCUGCUACAGCCGCCUAGAGAUAUUCUCCGAGCUUGAAUGCACAAACAAGGAGACAAUCCAGAAUCUCGUUUUGGCGGAAUUUGCUGAUAGGGUUGACGAGGGAACGUGCGGGGGCGGGUCUUGCAGAACGUUUCAUAAGAAUUGGAUCAGCGCCUCGGGAGACACGAUUGAGGCGAGUAUCCGUGCUUGGACAGACCUUGUGAGGGUGGGAUACAAUCUUGCCGAUAUCCCCCUGAAUGAUUUCUCUGAGGAUGAGGAUAGGUGGACAAAAUGGGCCCUGGCAACGGCAGCACACAGCAAGAAGGAGCCGAAGAACGACGAGCGCAAAGACGAGACAGCCACGGCUGAAAGCCGCAAGAGUACGGAGAUGGGACAGGAAGUACCGCCUUCCGACCAUGAUGCGGACAGACAGUCCACUGAGGACUCCGGGAUCUUGUCGGAUUUCCUGCGCCGGCUCAAACUCGCCUUUCGACCGUGA